CCGGGGUGAGGAUCCGACCUCGACUGAACCAACGAGCGGGGAGGAAACGAGGAGAGAUGCGGAGCUGCUGAGGAGCAGAACCAUCCAGACAAGCUGCGCGGCUCCACGUGUCUCUGCUGCCUGUGACAGACGAGUUGAUCAGCCGAGGACUCAGCAGCUGCUCCGUUUGCAAGUUGUGCCAUUACAGCACGCUUCAGCCCGACCCACCACGCUCUAUAACUUCUCCUGACGGCUCCCUGAGGUGUUAAACAUGACAGGUCAGACUGUGGGAGGCAUCAUCCAGGACGCCUCAGUGCCCUUACUCCAGGCUGCGGAGGGCCCGGGGUCCAGGCCUCUUGGAGGGGCCGGGUCCUUCACUGAUGAGGCUGUCUCCAUACUAACCUCUACAAGCCAGCUGGCCCGCACCCUCCUGGGUCGUACCUACUCAGCCAAACGCAAAGAGAGCCUUGCCAAGGCUGAAGUGAGCAGCUGCGAUGAGGACACCAGCAGCGGUGCACGCCGCAGACGAGAGUUCAUCAACGAGGAGAAGAAAGAUGAAGGCUAUUGGGACAAGAGGAGAAAAAACAACGAGGCAGCCAAGCGGUCCCGAGAGAAGCGGCGAGCCAAUGACAUGGUGCUGGAGCAGAGAGUGCUGGGCCUGCUGGAGGAGAACGCCCGCCUCAGGGCCGAGCUGUUGGCCCUGAAGUUUCGCUUCGGCCUGGUCAAGGACCCAUCUGAGAUGUCCAUCCUGCCGCUCUCUGCGCCCAUCUGUGCUCACCCAACACCCACUGCAACACAUUUCUAUCAGUCCCACACUGAUGGAUACCUCAACGCGCAGCCCAACACCAGCAUCCCCCACGUCCACCCUCAUCCUCCGCAACAGGGUCUCAUCUAUGGACCGAGGGGAGCUGGGCCUCUGUCAAAUCAUAGUGUAUCUGAUGACUCAGGUGUCUCCACCUCAGGCAGCCCCGUGUUUUUUGAUGACCGUGGCGGGCCUCCUCCGAGGGAGCUGGCAGAGGAGCAGCAGGGCAGUGACUCCCACAGCUGUCCCCUGGAGGUCAGCGAGAGUCAGUUUGUAAACAGGCAGGACUCGCCCGAGGCUGUGAGGAGCCUCCCCCACAAGCUUCGCUUCAAAGGCCCCGGAGGUUGCAGCGAGGCAGGGGAGCUGUCUCCAUCCUCUGAUACCAGACACAGUGCACCACCUGUAGUCACAGUGGGGCCAAACAUCCAGGUGAGGAACCACCAGCAGGCAGGGUGGAACAGUCGGACAGAGAGUCAGGCUCCUUGGUCCAGGGAGGAGGCCUGCGGUGGAUUUGGGCAGCAGUAUCAGAGUUCGUCCUCUGGAUGUCAAAACUCCUCCUCUCUGCAGAACUUCAGGGACGCCGGCUGUUCAACGGAGGACGUCAGUCUCAGGUCUCAGAUCAGCUGCUUGUCUCAAGAAGUGGCUCAGCUCAAGAGACUCUUCUCUCAGCAGUUGCUCUCCAAGAUCGCUUAAAACCUGAGCACAAGAGGGUCGAGGCUGAACCAAAGUUAGCAGACAAAUUCCACACUACAUCUUUCAAAAACAUCAAUCCCACAGACUGCUGAUAACUACAGGACAAUCUGGUCCAAACCUGUUUUAAGCUUGUUUUAGGAGUCUUUUGAGUCAGCUCACCACUACCAGGAAACACCAGCACCUUUAAGUUUUAAAAUGCUUACUGACUGCACAGUCAGAACAUGUCCUCUGAUUGUGUUGACGUCUUCAGAAUUGAAGAAAGUUGUACAUUACUAAAUACUUGACCAAACUGUCAGAAACACUGGAAGAGCAUAUUACAUACAAUACAAACUAUAAAGUUCAGUCUCAUUAUGUUCACUUGAGCCAGAUAUGGCCAUUGUCUGUCUUCUCUGGCACAAUACACACUUUUUUGGCUUUUUACCGCAAAUUGUACAUCGAUAUUAGCUUGUGUUCAAAAUACUGUAUGGAAUAGUAGCACAAAUACUCAUACUUGCCAGCACUGAGAAUAUGGAGGAUAUUGAAACCAGGGCGCUCCCCGAGAAUUUUUUUUUUUUUCUUUUCAGACUUUGUUUCUGCGUUCUGGGGACUUCAAGUUGACAUUUAAUAACACAGAAAUAAUGUAGAAUAAUCUGCCCCUGUGGUGUGAAUAUCUGGCAUAAACAAAUAUUCAUCCGUUUUUAUUUGAUUGAUUUACUCAUUCAUUUUUGCCCUACUGCCCCUUCGAGAGGCUUUACACGCUGCUGUAUUUACCAGCCUUGACAGUUUCCUUUGAAACUUUCCCCAGUUAAUGGGAAUUCUUCAGGAUGUCAUGUCAAUUUCUUUUUCUUCAUUCCAUUUUUCUGUCCAUCUCUCGAUCACUGAGGAGAGCAAGGUGUAACAGGACAGUACACGAUGUUCUCUGCCAGAAGCAGGCUGUGAUAACUGAGAGGGGAAAAUAGUGCGUCAUAGUACAGGAGAAUUCUGACCCGGGGAGGAAACCAGGGAGGGUUGGCAAGUAUGCAAAUAUGUGCUGCCCCAAAGAUGAUACAAAGGUUUGUUAAAAAUUACAUUAGACAUUUUUUUUUCGGGUGCACUGUUCUUGUAACCUUUAUGUGUUGUUUACCAUAUGAGGUUUAUCUUAUGACAGCAAGAUUCAUACAACUGUGUGUUUCAUCUUUGUUCUCAUUUAUCUUUAAUGAGAGAUUAUGUAAUUUGCAUUACAUAACAUCUUCAUUUAUUUUCACUGUAAUUGCAGAGCACACGCGAUACACUGUCUGUGGACAUCAUAUGACUUUAAUAUGUCUGCAUCUAAUAAUGAUACAAAACCCUCAGAUGAAAUGACCGUGACAGCUACAGUAAUAAAGUCCUCCUUAACCGAAAGA